AUGGCGGCGCUGGGGCUCAUCCUUCAUCUCUGGUUCCUGGCCUGGAAUGGGUUUGCCGUGUAUCAGAAUGUGCUGGUGUCCAGUUCCGAUCCGUUCGUUGGACACAGUAGUUAUGGAGGCAGGUGGAAGUUCCUGACCUUCCUGAACCAGGUUAUUCAGACUGCAUUCUUCGGUGUCUGCCUCCUGUGCGAUCUUCUCCAGAUCUGCCUUUCUAAUAAGAACCAGUUCUGCUCCUUCCUGACACGGCUGAAGGACUGCUUCUUUGCUGCACUGGCAUUCCCACUUGGCGCGUUUGUCUUUACAGUAUUCUGGAGUAUUUACGCCUACGACAGGGAGCUGGUGUACCCUGAAGAACUGGACAAAGUCUUUGCACAAUGGCUUAACGAUGCCAUGCACACACUUAUCUUUCCAGUUAUCCUUAUCGAGCUCUUUGCAUGUCCACACCAAUACCCGAGCAAGAAAAAUGGCCUGGCUGUCCUAGCGGUGUUUGGCAUUUCGUAUCUGUCAUGGGUGCACUGGGUGCAUUAUGCAGCAAACAUCUGGGCGUAUCCCAUCCUGGCCAAGCUGGAUGCAGUAGGAAUGCUGGUGUUUUCUGCAUCGUCGUUCUUAAUUGUAUUCACUUUCUACCUCCUGGGAGAGUGGCUGACACGACUGCGCUGGGAAAACAAACCAGAGGACACCUCAGAGACAACAGUCUGGGAAACCCACAAAGCAGUGAUGAGGGGAGAGCUUAUUGCCCUUGGAAGCAAAAUUAAAAAGGAUAGACAAAAGGUGCUCACCUCGUUACUCUCCCAGAUAUCAACUAAGGAAUCGCUACACAAAAGAUCCAAAGCUAUCCAGGCUCAUGAGGAGUUGAUGCGGCUGAGAAGGGAGCUGAAGGACCACCUUAAUGUAAGCAAUGCAAAGGCCUAUUAG